ACACCACAUCUAAUAUUGAAGGGAAAAGCUUUAUUAAUUUAAUCAAAUUUGAUUUUAUUAAUGUUUAUAAUAAAACAUCUAUAAUAUAAUCUCCAUUACAAUACAUACGUACAUAUAAGUCCUAUCUCAUUGUUUUUUCUGAUUAAGUCCGCUUAAGAACAUCAAUAACAAUCGAAAGGUGCAUCGCCACCUACAAUGUCUCCAAGGCUCGGGACUAAGGCAGGCUCCAAGGGUACCAUCUCCAGCCCAGCGCAUAGGAUUACACAUGAUGAACACAAGAUGGUAAGCUUGCCAGGAGAUAUACUUCUCCAAAUCUGCGAAGAACUGGGCACUCAGCUUGAAUUUGGAGUUCUUUUCAAUUGUGCCAUCGCUGGCAAGCAAUUGGUUGGCUCGGCGUUGCAAUGGCUAUAUAGGUAGGAAUCUUGCCAGUUAAUCCAUUUCCCAAAUCAAGCCUUUCAAUAACCUUUUGCAGAUCACACAAUGAAUACUUAAGGAUUAUUAGUAGCGAAGGAGAGGCUCCUGAGUGGUCGAAAAUACAAGGGCGCAAUUCUAAAUACAACGCGGUUUCUAAAUGGGCGUUGUCAUGGCAAUCUGUUGUACGCUCUAGUCUAGGGGCUACCGCUUAUCCAUACUGUCUAUAUAUACGCUCACUCGAUUUAACCAAUCUUUCAAAUCUCCUUGAGGAUGGCACCUUCCGAAUGUCUGCGAUGGAUAACUUCUUUGCUGAUGAGAUGGCAAAGUUCUUAAGUGUAGAUGGCGCACCAAGAACGCGCACCAAGAGAGGACCACAAGUCCGACUCAACACCACAACUAUUCUCAAUCUAAUAGGAGAAUCUAUAACAAAAUACGUUAGCGACCGCGCGGACGAAGCCCACACAACCGUCGUUCUGGAGAAUCUUUCUGGGGAUAUUACAUCAGUCGCAUUACCAGGUUGGGUAGGUCGUUUGUCAAGGUUGAAAUCUAUGACUAUUUGGGAUGGAAAAUCUUUGAACGAGAACGUAGCGGCGGUGAUCUCUAAUAAAUGCCCCAAUUUUGACGAAAUACGCAUAUUUGUGUGCUCAGACGAUACGGAUCGCAAUCCCGCCUCGUUUAUAAAAGGUCUCCGACACAACAGUCUUCUUUCCCUCGAGGUUCUGUCUAAUUGUAAGAUCGGCCCAGCAUUUCUAUCUGCUUUGAAUCAUCAUUGUGGAUCACUCAAAAGCUUAAAGCUACAAAGCCUCAAUUCGGAAGCCAUCAAGAAUCUCAACAUUCUUCAAAGUUGUACUGCACUUGAGAUACUUGAUCUAGAAGACAGUCAACAUGCUGUAGAUUUGGAAGCUACGGAAAACGAUGUAUUUCUUGAAACCGUCGAAUGGUUGGGACACUGCGAGAAGCUCCGAGAAUUGGUUCUAAACAGAAUUGUUUGUGCCCCGGCCAUUUUAAAGCAGAUUUGCUUACGAAACAAUAUUCGAUUAGAACGAUUAGUAGUCACCGGGCCUUCUCUUGUCAAUGAUACGGAGUUUCAUAGGGCCAUUUCUCACCAGACUGAGCUCGAGGUCCUUGAGCUCCGAGGUGGCUCGGAUGAGGUAUUUAGAGUCAGAGAUGAUAUUGAUAACCUCCUCACAUCUAUCUGUCAACUCACUAAGCUCAAGGAACUCACCAUUGUUGAGUCAUUUGAGUAUUUUAGUAGUAACGAAAUCAAACGCCUCGCGCGAAGCUUACCCCUUCUCGAAAAGUUUCACUUCUCAGGCUAUGGCGUUGGAGAUGAGAUCUUACCAUAUCUAUCAAAUCUACAUAAUUUGCGAGAUGUUUCUAUCGCAGCAAUCUCCAGUUUUACCCUCGAUGGCCUGCUGAGUUAUGUCUCGACUUUACGAGAUACGAACCAAGGUCUUGUGCUCUCGGUUAUGAGUCAGAAUUCUGACCAAAAUCUUGCGCCAUUGGAGCAGCAGCUUGUCCGAGAAGGGAUCAUUGCGAAAGUAGAUGGAAAAUUUGACUUCGCACUGCUAAGAGAAGUAGCCGAAUCUGAGUUUGAUUCUGCGUCUGAUUAAAUGUGAUGUAGAUCGAUCGUUGAACACGGGUGCUGGCGGUGGGAUACAAUUGGGCUGAGUAUGAUGAUACCAAGACGUGGAUAAUGGAGUUCUGGGUUGGCUACCAAAGGGGAAACAUUGGAAUCAGUGCUCCUAUGGGCCAUGAUUUAUGUGAAAAGGAUGGAAGAUUUGGACCAUGGUUGGCUAGCACGCGCUCUUUACUGCAGAUCUUCUAAAUAAAUAAUAUAAACACUCCCAAAUCAUUUACAGUAGUGGUCUCCUCUUCG